CGCUAGAGAGAGAAAAUGGCAGCACAAGCUCUGGUUUCAUCAUCUUCUUUAACAGCCUCAAAGGAGGUUGCUAGGCAGAUAUUUGGAGGAGCAAAUGCUGUCCAAUCUCCAUUUGGGUCGAGAAAAUCUGCUUUCUUUGUAGUAAGGGCGGCAUCUACUCCUCCCGUUAAGCAAGGAGCAGAUAGACAGUUGUGGUUUGCUUCCAAGCAGAGCCUUUCUUACCUGGAUGGCAGCCUUCCCGGCGACUUUGGAUUCGACCCAUUGGGCCUCUCUGACCCAGAAGGCACAGGUGGGUUCAUCGAGCCUAGAUGGCUAGCCUACGGUGAAAUCAUCAACGGACGUUACGCCAUGCUGGGUGCAGUUGGUGCAAUUGCCCCAGAAAUCUUGGGCAAGCUCGGCCUUAUCCCUGCCGAGACUGCCCUUCCCUGGUUCCAAACCGGAGUUAUCCCGCCAGCCGGGACCUACAACUAUUGGGCCGACCCCUACACACUCUUUGUCCUAGAGCUCGCCCUAAUGGGCUUUGCCGAGCACCGGAGGUUCCAGGAUUGGUACAACCCCGGGUCCAUGAGCAAGCAAUACUUCUUGGGCUUGGAGAAGUACUUGGGUGGGUCGGAUAACCCUGCUUACCCAGGUGGGCCCUUGUUCAACCCGCUAGGGUUUGGGAAAGAUGAGAAGUCGAUGAAAGAGUUGAAGCUCAAGGAAGUGAAGAAUGGGAGGCUUGCCAUGCUAGCAAUUUUGGGUUAUUUUAUUCAGGGUCUUGUGACUGGUGUGGGGCCCUACCAGAACCUUCUGGAUCACUUGGCCGACCCGGUCAACAACAACAUCUUGACCAGCCUCAAGUUCCAUUAAGUUUGUACAAUUUAAUUUGGCCCCUCUCAUUGUAUAAGAUUAUAUGAGAAAUAAUCUUUGUUGUUUGUUCAUGUUUUCUGUGACUCUUUGUAAGAAAUGACAUGUUAGAGCUAUCUUAGAACCCUAAUUAAUGUUA